AGAGGACGAGCACGGAGGAUACGAGAGGCGAAGUUGCGUACGUGGCAGCCAGUGAUUGAAGCAGAGGAAUACGAGACUCGGAGUAACCGUUGAUCAAGACCGUUAUUUGAUCGGAUCGGAGCGUCCGCGGGUCACGCUGGGCCUUCGGGUCGCACGGGUCAUUGGAUAGUGUACGUAAACCGUUUACAGAGAAGAAGAAAAAGAAGAGUAUCACGAAGCAGCAACGUUAUCUGAUUCUGAAGUGCGUGACAGCGUGAGGUGAGGAAAGUGUAAAAAUGGCGAUGAUGAUGUGUACUAUGGCCCCUGGGAAGCUCUACUUUUUACGGAAUUUGCCAUCGGCUCCGUUAAAGACGACGAGGCGGCGUUUUUUAAUGAAGCCUGUGCGUUGCACGCCAAUUCAGCCAGUGUCAGUGUCAGUGGAACAACAGGUUGAUACAGGAAUUAGCUGCGAACCUUGCAAUGGUAAAGGGUGGUUAACUUGUGAUUUUUGUAAAGGGCAAAAGACCAAUGUGAAAGCUGAAAACAAUCGGAUCUACCGUCGAUGUCCAUCUUGCAGAGCUGUUGGAUACGUCUUGUGCUCAAAGUGCAAAGUUUUCAAAUGUGUAACCUUCCCAAAUUACAGUGAUGGUGCAAAUCUAUCCUUUUGAGCCUCGAAACAAUUCUGUUUUGCUAGCAUGAUCAUAAACUUCAGCGAGGAUACACUAUGCUCAUGAGGUGGAAUUUAAUUGUUUUGAACAACUUUCUUUCAGGUUCUCAUCUUUUCCUUCUGUGUGAUUUUCCAUCUCAAGAAGGUCUUCUUUGAGUGACAUUUAUGUAAUUUACAUAUUACAAGUUGGAAAGAAAAGGGAAAGGAAUGGUUGAGUUUUAACCUUUGAUAUUUCUUUUUUCUUAUUGGAAUAAACUACAAUCAUAAAAUUGAAUGGUUAUCAUUCUUGAUUGA